UGUACCAAAUUCAACCGCACAAACUUUCUCACUUUCAUAUUCUCUCAUGGAGCUUGGGUUGAGGUUAGGAGAGGCUUCAUCAAAACCCUCUGAUUCAACCAACAAGAUCAUAGAACUCUUCAAGGGCCGGUCAUCGAAUUCGUGUCCAAGCGAUGGCGGAGAAGACACAGAAGAAGAAGGUGAUGAUGAUCAUCGUCACAAUAGACUAGAAAUGAUCUCUUUGAAUUCGGCGAUGGCUCAGGAUGAAGAGGACAAUGAUCUUAAACCAAGUGGCUCCAUGGAUCCACCCGUCCAGCUUGAUCUUCUCCCUCACACCCCCGUCGUCCCUCACAAGGGUGGGAGUUCCGGGGCCGGUUCUUCGAGCGGGUCGUCCCUAAACAGUGGAGGUUCGUCAUUCCAAAUGGACCUGGGGAUCAAUAAUCGCCACGAGAAGAAAACAUCGUCCUCAAGAGCAAGCGAUAACGAAGGUGAUCAGAGCGGGAGCAGCAGGACGAAGAAGCUCCGGCUGUCUAAGGAACAAUCGGCUUUUCUUGAAGAGAGUUUUAAGGAGCACCAUACUCUUAAUCCGAAACAAAAGCUUGCACUUGCUAAGCAGCUAAAUCUCCGUCCUCGGCAAGUCGAAGUUUGGUUUCAAAAUAGAAGAGCAAGGACGAAGUUGAAGCAAACAGAGGUGGAUUGCGAGUACUUGAAGAAGUGCUGUGAGACGCUCACGGAGGAGAACAGGAGGCUGCAUAAGGAACUUCAGGAGCUGAGGGCCCUGAAAUCGACCAGCAGCCCCUUCUACAUGCAACUGCCCGCCACCACCCUCACUAUGUGCCCAUCUUGUGAGCGUGUCUCCUCCGCCUCAGCUGCUGCCUCUUCCGUGGCUGCCACCUCUAAGGCCAUUGAGCCACCUCCCUUCAGUAAAGCCGCCACUGGACUAUUCUUCCUCGACAAACCUACCCAGUAACGUUGCUAAUAUUAUAUCAUCACAGUUUUGCAAACUCAUCAUACAGAUCCGUGGAAAUUUAUUUCGAUGUGAUGAUUGAUGAUGAUUUGAAGGCGAGACGCGUGCUCAUUCUUUGCAUAGGCGUGUCUCGACUAGCUAAACAGCAUUUAUUUUCGUAGAACAUGGUUUUGAUCGAUGCGUUUGAAUCUAUGAUGAUGAUGAUGAUGAUGAUGAUAAGCCAAUGUACAUAGACUAAGGCUAUAUUCGAGCGUGCAUAUUGUUUUUCCGUUUUUUUUUUUUAAUAUAGGCCUUUCUUCACUUUUUUGUACUAAUUUUAAUCAUGCAUUUUUUGAAUUAAUUUUCCAUGCUUAUCAAUA